CUCAUCUCUUUACUGUGGCGUCACCAUGAAUUCAACCUUCCUCGAGCCUGCUUUGGUUGGGUAGAGUGAGCUAUAAAGGAAGACGAUCUCAACCUCUUCUGACUUCAUUCCAACUUCAAAAAUAAUUAGAACAAUCAAUGUUCAUUGAGUUCACACACAUUCAGAGGCCCAGCGUCAAAACACCCAAGUAAAAUCACGAUGGAUAGCCUCAAGAACGUAACUGGGUUGGCACAACCAUCAGAGGAGCAGAAGCAAGAAAUAUACAACAAACUCCCAGAAGAACAGAAGAAGAAACAAAAAUACCGCCAAUGGGCUGCGGAAGUAUACAACGAUCAAUACGAAAAAUGGAUGCCAUGGAUCGAAGACCAAUACCUGUGGUGGUUUGGGAAGGGAGAUAACAAAGCUAGUUAUGCCACCAAAGGUAGGCAAUUGCACUCCCCGCUUGUAGAGAGACGAAUGUAGGAAAUCAAAAUAGACUGACAAGAACAACAGACACACUCAACAAAACCAAAGUCACUGGCAUUUCUCAAGUAGAUCAGCUCCAAGACGACGUGCAUAACCUGGUUGGAAAUCAGGUCGGGGAGAAUGGAUUCCUCGCUCCUAUUGGGAACAUGGCCUCGAAAGAAGGUAUCAACCGAGCAGAGCGUGGUGGGAAGGACGACAAGGGAAGUUAUGGACCGCUGGGUAUAGUUGGCGAGGGCGCAAAGAACGCAAGCCAAGGUGUUGUCGGUGGUGCACAAAGUGUUGGAGGCGGAGCAAUGAAUGGCGUGAAAGGAGCUGGAGGGUAUAUCGGAGGGAUGUUUGAAGGAUGAAAGAAGGAGUG